GCCAAUGAGACACUUCUGGCCUUUCUUCAUCGAAGAAUAUGGCCGACAUUUUGAUAUUGCUGUCAUGAAGAUUUUUCAGUGACAAAAUUGUAACUUUGUAGUUCUUCAUGCACGGUUUUAUGUUCCCAAAUUGUUUUAUUUUUUAAUUGCUUAGACGGAGUGUAGUGUAAGCUAUUUUAUUUUUUGAAAAUGGCAGCUGAUCGCGAGAUUGCUGCUGAAGACAGCAUCAGAGUGGUUUGCCGAUUUCGGCCACUGAAUGACUCUGAAGAAAAAGCUGGAUCAAAAUUUAUUGUGAAAUUCCCUUCAGGACCCGAUGACAACUGCAUUUCCAUAGGGGGUAAAGUCUACUUGUUUGACAAAGUAUUCAAGCCAAAUGCAACCCAAGAGAAGGUCUACAAUGAAGCUGCCAAGAGUAUUGUAUCUGAUGUGUUGGCGGGCUACAACGGCACUAUAUUUGCAUAUGGACAGACCAGUUCAGGAAAAACACAUACUAUGGAAGGUGUCAUAGGGGAUCCAGGGAAACAGGGUAUUAUUCCAAGGAUAGUAAAUGAUAUAUUCAACCACAUUUAUGCCAUGGAAGAAAACUUGGAAUUUCACAUUAAAGUGUCAUACUUUGAAAUUUACAUGGACAAGAUCAGAGAUUUGUUAGAUGUUUCGAAAGUGAACCUCAGCGUUCAUGAAGACAAAAACAGAGUUCCAUUUGUCAAAGGUGCUACAGAAAGAUUUGUGUCAAGUCCCGAAGAAGUGUUUGAAGUUAUUGAGGAGGGUAAAUCAAACCGACACAUUGCAGUCACAAAUAUGAAUGAACAUUCAUCUAGAUCUCAUUCUGUCUUCCUCAUUAAUGUUAAACAAGAGAACCUAGAAAAUCAAAAGAAACUUUCGGGAAAGUUAUAUCUGGUGGACUUGGCUGGUUCUGAAAAGGUAUCUAAAACUGGUGCUGAAGGAACAGUCCUUGAUGAAGCUAAAAACAUUAACAAGUCACUAUCAGCGUUGGGUAACGUCAUUUCUGCGUUAGCCGACGGUAACAAAUCACACAUACCAUACAGAGACUCGAAACUGACCCGUAUCCUACAAGAGUCGCUCGGAGGUAACGCUAGGACUACGAUCGUCAUCUGUUGUUCCCCUGCUUCGUUCAACGAGAGUGAGACCAAGAGUACACUCGACUUUGGUAAAAGAGCCAAAACUGUCAAGAAUGUCGUAUGUGUCAACGAGGAGCUCACUGCUGAAGAAUGGAAACGUCGUUAUGAGAGAGAAAAGGAGAAGGUGGCUAGGCUAAAGGGCAAGGUUGAAAAACUGGAGGCGGAGUUGAACCGCUGGCGCUCCGGCGAGACCGUACGCAUCGAGGAACAAGUUAACCUGCAAGAAAUUGAGGCGGUUACUCCUGUUACAUCAUUCAUUGAAGAGAAACCACCUGCGGCGCCCGUACCCGUUGCUGUGUCUAGUGCAGUGGAAGAUGCUGCUAUGCAAGGCAAACUCGAAGCCCUCUACCAACAACUGGACGACAAGGAUGAGGAGAUCAACCAGCACUCACAGCUGGUGGAGAAACUCAAGGAGCAGAUGAUGGAGCAGGAAGAACUCAUUGCCUGCACAAGGCGCGAUUAUGAAGCCCUGCAGGGCGAUAUGAAUCGCAUUCAACAGGAGAACGAAGCGGCUAAAGAGGAAGUUAAAGAAGUGCUGCAAGCUCUUGAGGAGCUGGCUGUUAACUACGACCAGAAGUCGCAGGAGGUCGACAGCAAGAGCCGCGAGUGUGACCAGCUUUCUGAGGAAUUGCAGACCAAACAGAGUGCUUUGGCCAGCGCUACAUCGGAACUCCAACAACUGCGUGACUUAUCGGCACAUCAACGCAAACGCAUUGCUGAACUACUUACAAACCUUCUAAGAGACCUUGCCGAGAUCGGGGCCGCCGUUGGAGGCUCUGAGCUCGACUUCAAACUGAACGUUGACACUGUCGGUAAACUCGAGGAAGAGUUUACAGUGGCUCGUCUUCACAUUAGCAAGAUGAAGAGUGAGGUUAAGAAUAUAGUCCAGCGAUGCCAUUCUCUGGAAUCUGCGAACAUUGACGCCAACCAGAAGAUCGAGGAGUAUGAACGCUCACUGGGCGAGUGUAGGCUCCUGAUCUCGCAGCACGAGGCGAGGUGCGCAUCGCUCGCGGAGUCCAUGCGAGAGGCCGAGAACAAGAAGCGACAGCUGGAGGAGGCGGCCGACGCUCUGCGCGAGGAGUGUGCCCGUCUGCAGGCGGCCGAGCGCGUGCAGCUGGCGGCGGCGGAGCAGCGCGCGGACUCGCAGGUGCGCAGCGCGCUGGAGGCGCAGCUCGAGCAGCUCCGCACGGCGCACGCCACGCAGCUGUCGGCGCUGCGCGACGAGCUGGCCGCGCUGCAGCGCCACCACCAGGAGCUCAAGGACACGUACCAGGAGCUGACGCUGGCCCGCCAGCAGCUGCAGGACGACUACGAGAAACUGAAGCGCGAGGAGGCCGACAAGUCUGCCAAACUCAAGGAACUCAUUCAAAGCGUGGAGAGGCGUGAACAAGCCCGCGCGGACCUCAAAGGACUUGAAGACACCGUCGCCAAGGAACUACAGACACUGCACAAUCUGCGCAAGUUGUUUGUACAGGAUCUGCAGGCAAGGAUAAAGAAAUCCAACAAUUCCGAAGAGGGCGCCGAAGAGGAAGGCGGUUCAUUAGCUCAGAAACAGAAGAUCUCGUUCCUGGAGAACAACUUGGAACAACUUACGAAGGUGCACAAGCAACUUGUUCGAGACAAUGCAGACCUUCGCUGCGAGGUGCCCAAACUGGAGAAACGUCUACGAGCCACAAUGGAGCGCGUCAAGGCGCUGGAAACCGCGCUCAAGGAAGCCAAGGACGGUGCCAUGCGUGAUCGCAAGAGAUACCAGUUUGAAGUUGACAGGAUCAAAGAAGCCGUGCGUGCAAAGAAUCUCGCCCGGCGAGGCCCACAAGCCCAAAUUGCGAAACCUAUCCGUGCUGGCGGUGGUCACUUAGUUGGCGGCGGAACGCCCGGUGUAGUGCGACCUGCACCUGCGCAAGAUAUCAAACGAAAGUCAAUCAUCGUGGGUGCACGAGAUGAGAGUUGAAGAGAUAGCGUUACAUCAUAGAGAAUUUAAAUGAAACUUCAUAGAUGUACCUUACAGGGGCGACGAAAACAAUUCUUUUAAAAAUCAUAACCAUUAUUAUAAAACUAUGUGUUUAUGGAAAGCCUAAUAAUAAGUGCAACAAAAAAAAAAGAAAAAUAUCGGUAGUAUUCUCUUAGGCUUAAUGUUUUGAGCUACCUAAUAUUAACGUCUAUUAAGUGCACAUGGAUUUAGAACAGUAAAUAGCUUUCUGCGAUAAAAUAUAUAUCAGGUUUCAUAUAAAUUCGAUAUAGUACCACGUCUAAAAUAAAAGUAUUACGGUUUGAGCAGACCGAAGCUUAAAAUUGUCUUUGAUGUUGCUAUUUUUAAAUCAGAUAUAAUAUUUUUAUGAAAUGACAAAAGUAUUAAUUUAGUUUCUCAUUAUGGAUGCUUAAACUCGAUUAAAUGUUCGAUGAACUUAGAGAUUAUUUACCUGCAUGAGAAAGAAAUGCUAGAAACUGAGAGGUGAGUUAUCAUUCAGUACAAAGACAUACCGAGCCAGUUACCAAUUUGUGUGAAAUAAAUGGAAUAAUAAACACUCUCAUUUCUUUCUCAUAUGGAUAUAAAAGAAUGAUUUCCAAGAUGCAAUAUCUCGUUAUCUUUAAGACUAUGCUGUGAGUUAUUGCAGGAUUGCAUAUGCUGCCGCACAAAUAAAAUAAAAACAAAAAAAGUAAAAAAAAUAUAAUAUUAUGUAUGUUACUGUCGGCGUUGUUAACUAUUCCACGUGUGGUGGCAAAUGCAGAGCAGUAUGCAUCUUCAAUGUGUAGUUGUAGUUUAAGCUUCUUUAAUAUAUAUUUUUAUAUAUUGUGAUAAGCGUUGAUAUGCCGACAUGCGAGCAUUUAUUUAGUUAACGAAACGAAAACCUUUGAUAUAUGUUCACAAGGUGUCAUGGGUGAUAACGAGAAGGUCCAUUGAUAUUCAGAUAUACACACAUAAAGCUUCAGGUAUCCGCUCAUACCCGGUGAGUUGGCAUUGGUUUCACGUGCGUGUGCCUGGACGACUUGCUGCAACAAGCAAGUUCACUGUCACUAGGCACGGACUGCGCCAGAUUGACAUGCGAUUCGAUUUUAGUGGGUGAUUUUUGUAUUCAAACAUGAAUAUGAAAAUCUCUUUCAACUAAAUACAUUUAGCUCCAGUGACUUUAUAAACUGUACCAGUACGUUUGUUACUGCGUUAAGAAACAUAAUAAAUACACAUAGUUGUUGCAUAAUCGUAGGUUAUCAUUCAUUGCACCUUUCGCUUAGUCCCUCCUUACUGCGCGUCACCUUCACGUUAGCUUGUGAGCUGUGAUGUUUUUUUAGCAAAUAUUUUACUUUUGUAUUGCGUCUUUCUUGUAACUGUCUCAGUAGUAAUUUUAGUCACUAAGUUACAAUAUCGGCUCUUAUAAUAUAGUCCGUAACAAUUAAGAAAUUAUAUUUUAAUGAAAUGUAAGGCAUACUUCACUCUUAAUCAUCGCCUGACAUCUGUUCACAUGAGAAAUAUACUUGAAAAAAAGCAGCAUAUAACAUGUAUGUUUGGUUAUAAAGUUCUCUAUUUGCUUUAGGAUGCAUCAGCUUCGCAGUAGAUCUGUAACUUAUAUAAGUACUUAUGAAUUAAUCACGACGGAUUGCAGUCCAGUGUAGGCUUCUAUAUCUAGACUCGUGAGCAGUGUAGUGCCCGCGCUCUGGCUGCGUCCUAUGAGGAGUUAUGGAACUAUAGCCGACUCAAUGUCCACAAAACCAAAGAUGAAUCACAAGUUUAGAUUUAUUGUUCGAGAUUACUUACCAGCUGAAAUUUAUUGUAGGCUCCGAAUUACUCAAUGGUUCCAAAGCUCCUUAGUGUGUUGCAAUACAUUUAUAUCGUUUAGAUGUAAAGUUGUAGUAAAUUAUUUCACCCUUAAUUUAGAUACAUGAUUUUAAUCAUAUUUUAUUUAUUUUAUUACAUAAAACUAAAUUAUCUCGUUUUUUUUUCACUUUUGAAGUGUAAUAAAUGCGCUUUUUUAUAUACCUCUACUUACAUUAUUUUGAAAUCAUGAUCAAAUACAUAUAUUUUGCAUUCAAAAUUAGAGAUGCCUACAAAGAUGCAUUCCACGAGGAAAGCACAUUGUAUCUUUGUUAAUCUUUAAGAUUAUAGUUAUUUUGUUAAAAUAUAGUUAAAAGAGGCUAUCCUCGGUUUCCACUCGCCUGUUGCAUAGAUAGCUCUAGCCGGAGGUCGACGCGCCAUGGACGCGCCCGAAGGUGGGCAACCCCAAACCGACAGGCUUGCCUUUGCACCAAGUGAUUUAGUUUGUAUUGACAUCUUUUGUAUCAUGUAUUUUAAUAUAUGGGAAAUCCUCAAAAAGAGUGUUUUCUUGAUUUUUUUUAUUUAUUAUGAAAAUAAAAUCAUGAAUUUAUUUGCUAAA